UAGUACGUCGCUUGCUUUCAGUCUAUUAAAACCACUCCAUAACCUAUUCCGCACCGACAUGUCUCCUCUACACUUCCUUUAUUAGCCUCUCGUCUAUCUCUUCUUCUCUUUCACUUUCUUACUUUGUAGCACGAAUUAUUAUUAUAUAUUUUUUUAUAAAAAAAAAGAAGAAGAAGAAGAAGAAGAAGCAGAAGCAGAGAGAAAGAGAGAUCUUCCUCGGGAUCUCCUCAAUUCUAUAAUUGGAACAUGUUGGACUACGAAUGGGACAACCCCUCGGCGAUUAUGCUAUCGGGAGAAGAACAUCGACACCACCAUCAGGAGGCUGACCCGACCCGAGCCAUGUCCAUUUUCGACCCGACCCAUCAUCACUCUAAUUCCCCAUACAGCAACAUAUCUCCACCGCUCCUCUCUUCUUCCUUCUCUAACCAACAUCAUUUGACCACAGUCUAUGGUCACCACCACCACCACCAUAUCACCACCACCAACCAGUUUCAUCAUCACAGCUUGUACGACCCACGCACCACCACCACUCAUAAUAAUCCUUACGCCUCUUCAGAUUCCAUCUACCACUCUUCUGCAGCCGCCUCAGCCUUGUUCUCCUUCGACCACCAGAUCACCGGCUCAGGAUCCGCCGGCUCUUCUUCUUACAACUUCCUCAUCCCCAAGACCGAAGUCGACGUCGUCUCUCGGCCCCUCGAUUUCACGUCUUCCAACAGGAUCGGCCUGAACCUCGGCCGCACUUACUUCUCCGCCGCCGACGACGACUUCGUGAGCCGGCUGUACCGUCGGUCUCGACCCGGUGAGCUGGGAAACUCGCUGAGCACUCCACGGUGCCAAGCGGAGGGAUGCAACGCGGAUUUGAGCCACGCCAAGCACUAUCCCCGCCGCCACAAAGUGUGGGAGUUCCACUCCAAAGCUUCCACCGUGGUCGCCGCCGGUUUGAGCCAGCGCUUUUCCCAGCAGUGCAGCAGGUUCCAUUUGCUGUCGGAAUUCGACAACGGGAAACGCAGCUGCCGUAAGCGACUGGCUGACCAUAACCGGCGCCGCCGUAAAUGCAACCAGUCAGCCUCCAUCGCACACGACAGCGCCAAAUCCACUCCGGCCGAUAUUACCACCACUCCUAAGUCAUCGAACGAUUCGGGUAUUAAUAGAAAGUCGUCUUCGUCGCCAUCAAACGCGCUUCUCUCGCCGCCUACAAUUUCGUUGGAGUGUUUCCGGCAAAGGCAGUUCCAAACAACAGCGUCUUCUUCCACGUCUGCGUCUUCCUCCUCAAAUUCAAUGUUUUUCUCCAGCUAGCUCCUAAUUAAGCUAAUUAAUUAAGGACUAAUUUUUAAUUAAGACGGUUGUCGUCGCGCGUUAUCUUACGAUUCAUGUUAUUCUCGGUGAUCGAUCAUGUAAUGUUUUCUACGUUCUUCUUUCCUUCUAAUUAAGUUGUCUUUUUAAUUAUUUAAU